UCUGAGAUAUUACGGUACUAUUGAGCGAGUGACGUACCGGAUGGAUUGAGGGCUCCAGUCGGACUAAUGUUCUUCCUGCCAAAGACAGAAACAACCGGAGGUGGGGAGCAUCAAAAUUCGUCGCAUUUCUACGCCAGCUCUCACAAUCUCUUAUUUCUGUCCUCAAAUCACUUUCAAUUUUCUAGCCAGCUUCGUCCUUUGUCCGUGGGCGCGGCGCUGAAAAAAAGGAAAGCCAUUGGCGACUGAGAUAGUCGCCUUUGCAGGCACAACGGCCUCACUCCCUCUUCCCUCUUCCUUCGCUUCUACCUUCCGAACCUUUCCCCCCCGCGCAGCUAGGUCUGCAGCUCUUGGGCGCGCUCCUUUCCUCCUCCUCCUCACCACCACCUUUACACACACACCUUCUCGCUCCUACGCGAAAGCGAAGAAAGCAAAGAUGCCUCCCAAGAAGCCCGUCGUCGAGGAGAAGAUCCCUCUCGGCCGCCCUGGCAACAACCUGAAGAGUGGUAUCGUUGGCCUCGCCAACGUCGGCAAGUCCACGCUCUUCCAGGCCAUCACCAAGUCGAACCUCGGUAACCCUGCUAACUUCCCCUACGCGACCAUUGAGCCCGAGGAGGCCCGCGUUGUCGUGCCCGACGAGCGUUUCGACUACCUCGUCGACAAGUACAAGCCCAAGUCUGUGGUGCCCGCCAACUUGACCGUCUACGAUAUUGCCGGUCUGACCCGCGGUUCAUCCACUGGUGCUGGUCUGGGCAACGCCUUCUUGUCACACAUUCGCGCCGUCGAUGCCAUCUUCCAGGUUGUGCGCUGCUUUGACGAUGCCGAGAUCAUCCACAUUGAGGGCGAUGUGAACCCCACCCGCGACUUGGACAUUAUCAGCACCGAACUGCGACUCAAGGACAUUGAGUUCGUGGAGAAGGCGCUCGAGAACCAGAAGAAGAAGACCCGCAUGGGUGGCCAGAGUCUGGAACAGAAGAAGGCCCGUCAAGAACAGGAGAUUAUCGAAAAGGUUCUCGCCUGGUUGAACGACGACAAGGAUGUCCGCAAGGGCAACUGGGGUCCCAAGGAGAUCGAGGUCAUCAACCCUCUUUUCCUUCUGACGGCCAAGCCUGUGGUCUACCUCGUCAACUUGUCUGAGCGUGACUUCAUCCGCAAGAAGAACAAGCACUUGCCCAAGAUCGCCGAGUGGAUCAAGGAGCACGCUGACGGCGACCCGAUCAUCCCUGUCUCCGUCGCCUUCGAGGAGCGCUUGACGCGCUAUGAGACCGAAGACGAGGCCAAGGAGGAGAUGAAGAACGUCGGCGCAGAGACCGUCAUUCCCAAGCUGAUCACACAGAUGCGCAAAACUCUUCAACUCGGUAGCUUCUUCACAACUGGCCCCGAUGAGGUGCGCCAGUGGACCAUCCGCACCGGCACCAAGGCGCCGCAGGCGGCUGGUGUCAUCCACACAGACUUUGAGAAGACCUUUAUCCAGGCCGUUGUAUACAACUUCAACGUGCUCAAGGAGUGUGGUGGCGAUGAAGCCGAGGUCAAGGCCAAGGGUAAGAUCAUGACCAAGGGCAAGGAGUACGUUGUGGAAGACGGCGAUAUCAUGCUGAUCAAGGCUGGUGCCGCCAAGAGCUAGUCGUGGAAAAUAUUCCCAGAUUAGUUAAGAUGAAAAAGUAAAACCUUUAAUGCUGCUUGUGCCCUGUCA